AUGGCGGAGGCGACGGAGAGGAGGAAGCGCGCGGCAGUCGUGGUACUGGGCGACAUCGGUCGCAGCCCGCGGAUGCAGUACCACUCCCUCUCGCUCGAUAACCAGGGCUGCACUCGAACCGUCUCUCCAGCUUGCUGCGCGCAGUUGAUUGCUUCCGCAGUAGCAAAAAUUAUCUCUAUUGGCCAUGGAAAGAUUUUGGAGUGA